AUGGAGGUGAAUACAGACCCAUUCGCUCCCGAUUUUGGCCAAUUUCACGGGACGCCUCAGAGAACCUUGCCAGAUGAUUGUAUGGGAUACACCCUGAUCAUCAUCAACCAAGCAUCAGACCAAUCCGCCAUCCGAGAUGAAUUGGAGAAGGUGAAGCAGACAGCCGAUAAGUUAGUCGAGGAACUAACGGCUGACUAUAUCUGGCAACGGGACAGCCUUCAACUCGAACUUGCCGAAACUGAAGAUGUCGGAUGGUACUUGCAUGGAAGAACAGAGUAUGGGGACUCGGUGGAUGAUGAAUGGUUGAUAGUCUGGAUCUUAAGGGAAUUGACCAGGAAUAUCCCAAAUUUGUGGUUUCGAGUAUACGAUACGGACGGCGAGUUUCUACUUAUUGAGGCUGCGAGCACGCUUCCACGGUGGCUCAAUCCCGAGGUUGCUGAUAACCGGGUCUGGAUACAUGAUUCAAAGCUUCUCAUAAUCCCUUUAACCGUCGCUCCAACCCUCACGGACCGUUCAAAAUCCGCUGCUCACCCUCUCACGCUUAAGGAAGCCUAUUCAAUCCUCACCUCCGACUCGUGCGCCCUUCUCCAGCGGAUUCGUCUGGUAGAAGAAGAGGCUUUCUAUAGGCUCGAAAGAUAUCCGAAGGCAAUACAAGAACAACUACAUUAUACAGAGGCCCUCAUCCCACGAACUUGCGCGAUGGUCUUGCAUGAGGCACCGGAAUCGAUAGCUGCGGCCGUAGAAGCCUUCUACCUGCGCGACCCGAUAUCUCUUAAGUCACUGAAAUCGAUGAGCCACUUCCCACCUAGCGAUAUGGUCACGACCUCAGUUAGGUUUACCAAAGUUCUCUACGCCCAACUCAAAUCGCAGGAGUUCGAACCACCAUCUGGGAGUGGGUUUGAGGUCUCACCUGAUAUGCCAACUGUGAAUAUGAUCGGGAUCAAGCUUGCUUGCGGUUUUGAAAUGCUCAUUAGUGACAACGCUGCUCCACAAGUUUCGUCCAAGGCGAGGAAAAAUAUAGUCAGACGGGUUAAAGAUAUACUACAAACGAAAACACCACCGACGGACGAGGAAAUUUCAUCAUGGCCUCAACGGAUCGAUGGUGAGGAUUGGUUGGAUAUCAACUAUGAAGAUUUAGAAAGGGAUCUUUCAGGACGCAAUGCCGACCCAUCAGGUAGCUCGAGAGGAGCAAAGGAGGCGGAAAGUGGGUGGGGAGAUAAACAGGCGGAGGAAACGCUGAAGAAAAUGGUUAAGCGGUUUGAGGCAUUCCUAAAUGAUGAGGAUGCCGGAGUUGAGGGAGCCGAGGUCGACGACAUGGAUAUCGACGACGAUGAUGACACUGAAGAGUUGAGCGAUAGCGAUGAAGACAAGGAGGUUAGUUUUGAUGAAGUUGAGUUCUCACGAAUGAUGCGCGAGAUGAUGGGCAUGCCAAUGCAAGCUAGCGGUGACGGCGAAGGAGUGGGUGAGGGUGAGGAAGCAAAGAUUCGAGAGGUGAUGGCAAAGGUUGAGGAAGAGCUCAAGGAAGCUGGGGCAAUCGAACGGGGGAAGGGCAUGGCCAAAAUACAAGAGGAUUGCGGUGAGGGGGACGUGAGCGAUGACGGAGAUGAGGAAGUCAACGUAGACUACAUGCUUGCAAAGAAUAUGCUUGAGAGUUUCAAAGGUCAAGGCGGGCUCUCUGGCCCGGGAGGUAAUCUGUUGGCUCGAAUGGGGAUAGCACUUCCCCGAGACGAGCCCGAGGAGGAUGAAAAAUAUUAUGAGACAAAGGGCAAACAGAUCCAGCAAUAG